AAUGCAGCGGGAGGCGUGACUGUAUCACUUUUACCAUUUCUUCCAGGAAGUAAACUUGUUUUGUCUUGAAGUGUUUGUCAGGUGCAGCACUGUGUCUUCUGUCUGAUAGAAACGUGUCGAUGGUAAACUUUUCCUGCUGGCCGCCAUGUCGGAUUGUUUAGACCGGUCCACGAAGAUCAGCUUGUUGAAGGAGCCGGUAGUGAAGAAGCUCUGCGAGGAGUUGGACAAAUCCAGCAGCAAAGGAUGGCGAAAACUGGGAGAGAUAGUCGGCGGUGAGAGACGGUUUAAAGUCAGCUCAGACGACAUGGAGAUGUGCUCUCUGAAGGUGUUGGAGCUGGAGGGGAGCCCGAGCCGCAUGCUGCUGAGGCUGAUGGGAGAGCGAGGCUGCACCACGGGUCACCUGGUCGACUACCUCCAAACUCUGGGAAACUCGGAGGCUCUUCAGUGCCUGAAACCACCAGCCCUACAGAUCCUCAUUCAGCCCCAGUCGGUGGCUCUCAUAUCUGGACACAAUCUCCGUCUGAGCUGUCACGCUGUGGGAAAAUCUCCAGUUCAGUACCAGUGGUUCAAGACCAAGGAAGAGGUGCCGAACAGCUCCUCUCCAGACCUGGUGAUAAGUCCAGUCCACCUGAAGGAUGCUGGCUUUUACAUCUGCAGGGUCAACUGUGGAGACACGUUUGAAUUCAGCCAGUGGGCUCAGGUGGACGUCCUGAAUGUCACCUCAUCCUGUGGGCAGAGAUAUCACUCCUUAGAGGGUCGGAUGAAGUUGGUGAUCCAGCCUCAGUCCCACCGGCUUCAUGUUAGGGAAACCCUGCAGCUCGAGUGUGGAGCCGUGGGACGGCCGAUCCCUCGGUACCAGUGGCACAGAAAUGGAGUCCCAAUCCCCAGCGCCACGAAGCGGAAACUCACGAUUCCUCAUGCGAUGCAGGAUCACCACGGCAGGUAUCGCUGUGAGAUCAGCAGCAGCAGCGAGAGAAUGUGGACCAAUGAAGUAGACGUUGUUAUAGAACCAGGGAUAUCUGUGCAGAUUUCAGAGGCAAUGGAGUGCUCUGAAGAUGACAUUUACGCCAUUGGAGGAGACUCCAGUGAUUUAUUUCUAAAGAGUAUUCCAGAGCAACUUUAUGCGACUGACAAAGUGGCCCUGCUGAUCGGCAACCUGUCCUACAAAAACCACCCGCAGCUCAAAGCUCCCAUGGUGGACGUGUACGACCUCACUAACCUCCUGCGGCAGCUGAACUUCCAGGUGGUGUCACUGCUGGACCUCACAGAGUCGGAGAUGAGAAACGCUGUCGAUCAGUUCCUGCUGCUGCUUCACAAAGGAGUCUACGGUCUGCUGUACUACGCUGGUCACGGAUAUGAGAACUAUGGCAACAGUUUCAUGGUGCCGGUAGACGCACCAAACCCGUACCGCUCAGCCAACUGCCUCUGUGUGCAGAGCAUCCUGAAACUGAUGCAGGAGAAAGAGACGGGCCUCAAUGUCUUUCUGCUGGACAUGUGCAGGAAGAGGAAUAUCCAUGAUGACAGCGCUCCAAACAUUGUCCUCAGAGUUACAGCCAACAUUGUCUUUGGAUACGCUACGUGUCAAGACGCGGAGGCCUUCGAGCUGAGCUCCAGCGGCUUCACCAACGGCGUGUUUGUCAAGUUUUUGAAGAAGCGGCUGCUGGACGACGAGAAGAUCACUGUGGUGCUGGACAGAGUGGCUGAGGACAUGGGUCAGUUUGAUGCUACAAAGGGGAAGCAGGCUCUGGAGAUCCGCAGCAGUCUGUCAGAGAGGAGAGCUCUGACCGAUCCUAUCCUGCCCGGCGACAGCGCUGACCUCGCUCACGCUCGCAGCCUCCAGUGGGCAAAGGCUCACGAGCUUCCUGAGAGUAUGUGUCUCAACUUUGACUGCGGGGCUCAGAUUAAGUUGGGCUUUGCUGCAGAGUUCUCCAACGUGCUCGUCAUUUACACUCACAUCGUUAAGAAGCCCGAAGACAUGUCGUUCUGUCAGGCUCACGUCACCGACUUCUCACAGGACCUCGACGUGGACCCUAAAGAGAUGAACCGAGAGACUCCAGAGGAGACGGGAAUCUACCUUCUGUCCAGCAGCCUGCCGCAGCACUGUCUCUACACCAGGGUCAGCUCACUGCAGAAGCUCAGGGAGGAGCUGGUCUUCACCGUGUGCCUUCAGGGCCGCUUCACCGCCAUGGAUGACGAAUCCGUCCACUGGACCAAAAGUAUUAACAUUGGUAAGCCGCUGAUCGCCCGUCUGGACCUGCACCGAGCCGUGCGGCGCAACAGCUGCCUGCAGACGUGCAUGAUGCCCCACAGCCCGUCCCACAGCCCCUGUCACAGCCCCGGGCCCGAGCACCGCCUCCACCUCCAUCACGGCUCGCACCAGGCCCAGGACUACAGCCGCCUGUCACCACAGCACCUCUACCUGGACGCGUACGAGCAUCUUCAGGGUGCGGUGGGAGGCUGCGACUCCUACUACGACAACCUCAGCCAGUCUCGCGAUGGAGCUGCGUACGACUCAGCAGGUGGGCUUUCGUGCUCGCCGGGGAGACACAGCAUCCCUAUAGAGGCCACUGAUGACAUCAACGAGCUGCAGACGGUGUUCAUCAACAGUCUGCAGCUGCAGCAGCAGUGAAGAGAAGCUUUAAACGUCCUAACUGAAAUAUUGCUGCUCUUUCUGUUACAUGUUGUGACUUAGGGACUGUUGGUUAUCUAUGAGAGGGGAGGAGGUGGUGCAACAAGGAGGGGGCAUUUCAAAUGUUUUUUUUCAAGUACUGAGAAAGGACUUUUUAAAAAUUUUAUUUUGGCUUUAAGGAGGGGCAUGCCACUUUAAAUGGAUUUAUUUUGUAUUUAAUUUACUGCCAAUUUUUAGAAAGAAAACAUGCCAUU